ACCUUAAAAUUUUAGAAAUCUUCACCAGUCUUCAUCAGUUCAUUGUGCUGUGUAGGGUCAUCAUCAUGAAUUUACUUCUCUUGGUUGGUUUUGUGACAGUCGCAGCAAUGGCGGACGAAGAUGCAAGUGCUGCGUUUAAAGACAGUGUGACCUCGUUCUCGGUGAAGGUGUAUAAGGAGAUGGCCGCAGCCUCUCCGGGAAGCUUUCUGGUCUGUCCUCUUUCGUCUGAGUUAGUACUCGCUCUAGUGCUAAACGGCGCGAGAGAGAGGACAGCGCUGCAACUCGCGAAUGGCAUCUCGUUGCCAAAUGAUUUACCUACAACCAACAAAAUGGUGAACGCAGCUGUAACCCAAAUUCAAAGCGAUAGGAGUUACACCUUGAAGAGCGUAAACAAAAUUUUUGUCAGCGAUGACACUACAAUUAAGGACACGUUUGCUAAAACCGCACAGGAAAUCUUCGAAUCUAGCGUUGGAACUAUAGAUUUUAAAAACAAGAAAGCGUCCGUUGACCAGGUCAACGCAUGGGCGGCUGAAAACACAGAGAACCGCAUCAACAACCUACUAACGACCCAAGACGUCAAGGACGAUACGCGGAUGAUUCUCCUAAACGCCAUUUACUUCCAAGCAACGUGGGCGAAGAGAUUCCGGGAGCAAAGCACGACCCAAAAACCUUUCUAUGGUUCUCCAAAUCAAGUUGCCAUGAUGGAACAGACAGACAACUUUGACUACUUUGAUCAUCCGAACGCACAGUUCCUCAAGAUGUCUUACUUGGGCGGAUCUAAUAUUGCUAUGGUAGUAGCACUCCCGAAAGACAAUAACGGGUUAAGUAAAUUGGAAGAACAAAUCGAGGACACUCUCAGUUCCAAAGACUUUGGGUACAAAAAAGUGCACGUCCUCUUCCCAAAAUUCACUAUGGACACCAAGAUCAAAAUGAAACCACUUCUCGAGAAGAUAGGCAUCAUUGAUCUCUUCAAACCUACAGCUGAUUUAACGAAUAUGUCGGACAGCAGCUUAUACGUCAGCGAAGUGGUGCAGAAGAACUACAUCGAGGUGAACGAAAAGGGAACGAUCGCGGCAUCCGCUACCGCCGCGAUUGCUGGCGUGGGAGCUGGUUACAACCCGGAGAAGCCCAUAGAUUUCGUUGCCGAUCAUCCGUUUAUCUAUUACAUUGUGUCGCCGGCCGGUAUAAUGUUUGUCGGCCGAUACUAUGGACCCGAAUAAGACGUUUUUUUUUAUUUUUUUAUUAAUUAUGAUUCGUUUGUACAAUUAAUACAGCAUUUUUUGGUAUUUAAA